AUGAAGGAAGAUGUUUCCAACCUGCUGAACCAUUGAAGCAAGAACAAUAAGCCGAAGAGAACAGUCUUUCAAACUCUUUCAAUGUUUCGGACUUCUAUCUAGAAUUUCAUUUCUUUAGCUUUUGUUUAGUUUUGAUGGUCCUUAAAUUUUUCAUCUUUGAUUGCUUUGGCCUCAUGUAUUACAUCAUUUCAACACUUAAGUUUUAUGAGAUUUUCAUCCCUAUUGUAUCCAAGGCAGCAACACCAAGUAUCAGUUGUACAAGGAAGAAUUCCUUGGUUUUCCUUUCAAAGAAAAUCAUAGGGACAAUUCCUCUGUUCCUUGAAAUGGCCAUGUAGCAAUAAUGGAAGCUCACAUAGAUAAGCUCAUGUUGUGACUCUUUCAUCAUUUUUAAUUAAAUGCUUUGUCAUGGAUUAUUUCUGUAUAAAAUGAGGCCAGAACAGAAUGCAAAGUUAGCUAUAUAUUCAAGACUAAUUUAUGGUAAAUGUACUUAUAGAAUGCAAAGUUAGGUCUUCUAAAUCCUUGGGAUGAAGAAAGAUGGCACUUAAUAAAUAAGGUGGUCGUUCGGAGGUUGUCCAUAAUUACCAUUUUCCUUUGUUAAUAUCUAAGGUAUAGGAACUUGAUUAGCUUUCCUUUCUACAUUUUAUUUUCUGAGGAAACCUUCAUUAUCAACAGGGACAUUCUUCCAUUGCAUCAAGGAUUAAUCUACUAUCUUAACCAAUUCAAAUUGCAUAAAACUACCCCAUACUCUAUUUAAAACCAACACUAAUAUCGGAAAGCCCAAAUAUAAAAAUGGUUUCCAAAGCCCUCACUUUGCUGCCAAGAAACCCCUUAGAAUUUGUGGUGGUCUAGAAGUUUCAUCCUCAUCUAAUUCUCCUCACAGAAAAAUAGUUCCCAAGACAUCCUACUAUUACCCAAAAAGAGAACCCUGGAUGAAAAAAGGAAAGGGUUUGGAUAAGGAGGUUAGAAUUGUUUCUAAAGAAAGGCAUUUCAGAUUAGACUCUCUUUUAGGAGACCAAGCAGGAAGUAAGGAAAAAUGUGAAAGUGGAAAAUCAAAGCACUUGGAAAAUAAGAAAAAGAGAAAAGACCUAAAAUGAGCCUAGAGAAGGAUGCUGAUGAGUAGAAUAAGGACAACCAAAAUGAAAAUAAGAAGGAAAGGUCAAUGAGAAUUGCAGUAGUCACUAGCGAGAAAAAAGAAUUUAAACAAGGAAAAGAAUUUAAGCAAAGAUAAGGCUGCUAAAGAAAUGGGAACUAGCAUUCUAGAAGUGAAUUUGAAUUCUACUGGAGAUAGUGAAGUGAAUAAUUGGACCAUAUCUACAAAAUCUAUACAGACACAUCCCCUGAAGACAUCUUCAACUCCUAUUAUAAUCCCACUAAGGACAAUGAGUUGGAAAUCAAUAUGAAUUUCAUUGUCCUCAAUUCCAUGGUGCCCUUAGAAACUUCACAAAGAAUCAAGAGCACUAAGAAAAACGAUGAUGAGGUUAAAAAAUACUUCUGGAAGGAAAUGUAGGGAAAAUUGAUGGCAAAAAUGAGUUUAUUGGAAAGUAGAGCUUUGAAUUCAAGGACUCUUUGGUUAGGUUUAUUUUUCUCACUAAAGAUCUCAAGAAUUAUUCUUUGGCUUUUAUGGUUUAUUUGCAAGAGGAUCGUGAUAGAAAGAAAGGAAAGCUAGAAGAGAGAAACAGAAGAAGAUUCAUGAGAUGAAAAAAGUCGAUUAGGGAACUACCCAAAUAUUAAACAUGGUGGUGAAUGAGUAGAAUGCUUUGAUAUUCCUCCACAAUUUGAAGUCUUAGUAGUCUAUUGUGCCUUUUUCUCCUUGGUUUUUGUUCUGUUUAGCUUUUCUAUUCAAUACGUUGGCCUAACAACUUGUAAUGCUCUUGAACUUUCUAUUUUAAUGCUAUAACUUUAACCAUAUAAAUUAUUUAACUGAAUUCAUAAGAAAAUUCAUUUUAUGUUAUUUAUUAUCUCACAUAUAAGAAACUCAACCUGAAUAUAGAUUUAUGAUAUAUGAUAGAGACUGAGUUUUUUUGGUACAAGAUAAAACUAAAAUGAGUGGGGAGCUAUAAUGUGGAAGUCUCUAUCCCACUCAAAAGCAUUAUGGAAAUAUCUAGAAUAUUAAAAAAUUAAAAAAAUAUCUCGAUAAUUCAUUGAUUACGAGGCUUUCUUUCUUGUAGCAGAACAUAACAGGCGAAGUAAGAUCAUACGAAAAGGGUUUCUCUCAAUCAGGGGUUUCUUACCUGUGAAAAUUUUAGUUUUCCAUGGCGAAAACGAUAGCAAUCUUGGGCAUCGUAAUGGUUUUUACAGCAUCUUUUUUGAGUCCGGCAAGAGCUUUUCUUCCAUACAGAUGGCUUUACGGUGAUUUAUGGAAUCCGUUGAAGGUGUUGGACCGGCUCCCUCGAUCAAUUUCGAAAAUUAUGAAAGACCCUACCCUCGUUCGAACCAACUGGAAGGAAACCCCACAAGCCCAUGUGUUUACCCUCAAUGCUCCAGGGAUGAAGAAGGGAGAUAUUAAGAUUGAAGCGGGUAAGAACGGAGUGAUUACAAUUAGUGGAGAGCGAAGCAAAAAGGAGAAGAAAGUGGGCUACAAAUGGCGCAGACGGGAGUCUUGCGAGGGUAAGUUCUGGAGACAAUUCAGACUAUCAGGCAAUGUAGACAUGGGUAACAUCAAAGCUGAUUUGGGCAAUGGAGUAUUGACUGUCACCGUUCCCAAAACUGGCUCAGACAAAACCAAAACCCCCAAAAUUGUUGAAAUUGUUGCAACAGGAGAUGGGAUAAAACUCGAGUUGUGAAUAGUACUCUGUAUUUGCCCUUGUAUUUCUGUAAAUUACUGGUAAAAUAAACAAUGAUUGACAACAAACGUUUUAAUCUA